UGCUUAUGCUUUAGUUAAAUGAGUAACACAGACACCUGUCUCCUCAGAAUAUCUCUCAACUCUGAGAGAGAGAGAGAGAGAGAGAGAGAGAGAGAGAGAGGUGUAGAAAGAGAGAGGGUUUUGGAGAGUUUAGAGGAAAUCCCCCCAUUCAAAAACCAGAGGAGCAUCUAUAAGCAGCUUCAGACCUCUGAUGAAAUCAUGCAAACAAACACAACCGAUACGAUCUGCACCAAAUCGUCUCAAGUUGUUAUGGACUAUAAUCUGAAAACUCUAAGAAAUUACGAACAUCUUGAACCGAAUUACAUGGAGGAACAUGAAGAUCCAAGAGAUUACUGCUACGGUGGGUAUCACCCAGUUGAGGUGGGAGUUGUGUUUAAUAAGAGAUACAAGGUUCUGUCAAAGCUGGGUUGGGGUUAUUUCUCUACUGUAUGGCUCUGCAUUGACCUCAGGUCAGGCAGGCAUGUGGCAGUGAAGGUGUUAAAGAGCGGAGCGGGAUUCACUCAGGCUGGCCAAGAUGAACUGACAUUACUGCGAUGUGUGAGUGUCUCUCGCUCUUUCUCUCUCUGGUUGUCUUUUUUUCUUUCACUGUGUGUGUGUACACCUCUUCCCUCUCUCCAGGCCAGUGGUCCCACAGCCCGUAACCCUCUUAAAAGACGUAUAGUGCAAUUACUGGAUGAGUUUAAAAUAGCUGGUGUGAACGGGAUCCAUAUUUGUUUGGUGUUGGAGCUGCUGGGGCCGGACUUGCGCUGUUGGCAGGUGUGUUUUGGUAGUCCAGGUCUCUCUCUCACCUGUGUUAAACACGUCAUCACUCAGGUGCUUGAAGGUCUGGAAUAUCUUCACCACCACUGUAAGAUCAUUCACACAGACAUCAAGCCUGAGAACAUACUGCUGUGUCUCACGCCGCAGUCCCCGCCUCAUCCUCAAGGGGGCGCACUACAAAUGCACACUUCAGCAAUACUUAAAACCACAAUACUCCAGGAUCCUGGAGCAGCUGGAAAACCUGGAAACAUGGAUAAUAUAACGGUGAAGAUUGCAGACCUCGGCAGCUCAUGUUGGGUGUACAAACACUUCUGUCAAGAGAUCCAGACCAGACAGUAUCGCUCUCUGGAGGUUCUUCUAGGCUCUGAAUAUGGUCCUCCAGCUGACAUCUGGAGCGUGGCCUGCUUGGCAUUUGAGCUUGCCACCGGUGAUUCCUUAUUUGAACCCAAAGCAGGGCAGAAUUUCUCCUUAGAGGAAGACCACCUGGCUCAUAUUAUUGAGCUCCUGGGAAAGAUCCCAGUGUCAGUGGCUCUGUCUGGGAAAUAUUCCUAUGAGUAUUUCAACCGCAAGGGUGACCUGCUGCGAAUUGCUGUCCUCCGUCCAUGGGGGCUGUAUGAAGUGCUGGUGGAGAAAUACCACUUUCUCCUCAGAGAGGCGUCACUUUUCUCUGAUUUCCUUUUGCAAAUGUUGAACUUCCUGCCAGAGCGGAGGGCCACCGCAGCUCAGUGCCUCAAACAUCCCUGGCUAAAACUCUGAGCCUUUCUGGCUUCUUAUACUUGACACUCUAUUGUGCACUAGGUCACCAUAAGAUUUUCUGUCCAUGUUCAUGCAUGUUUUCUGUAUGCCGAAUGAAAAGGUCAUGCUUUCAUUUUUCCAAAUGGGGCUUAAAUGAAUAUUUCACGCAAAAAUUACAAUUCGGUCAUCAUUUAUUCAUUCUUAUGCUGUUCCAAACCUGUAUGACGUUCUUUCAUACAUAAAUAAAUGAUGAAAGAAUGUCAUUUUUGUGUGUGUGUAUUGUCUCUUUAAAUAAGGAUGGCUAGGUGUGUAACAUAUGUGACCCUGGACCACAAAACCAGUCACAGGGGGCAAUUUUUUGAAUAAAUAGGCUUUCCAUUGAUGUGUGGUUUGUUAGGAUAGGGCAAUAUUUGGCCGAGAUACAACUAUUUGAGAA